AUGGGGGAAGUGAUUGAUCAUCGUUAUUCUGAUGGCUCUGUUGAAUAUCUUUUGCAAUCAGAAGAUUCGAAAAAGUGGAUUCAGCCUGAUUCGGAUAAAUAUAAAGAGUUAAUUAACAUAUAUUUAGGAAAAUUAAAAGAAAAAGGAAGAAAAGAAAGACGAAAACCACAGAUAAAUAGAUGCUACAAACCAUUAACAAAAAUUGUUCGCGAAAAAAUCAUUAAUGGCGAGUUAUAUUAUAUUGUAAAAAUAGAAGGUGAAAAUACACAUUAUCUGAUUCACUCCCGUAAUGUUGGGAAUAUGAAUCCCCAACUUAUUUCAACUUUCGUUGAAAAAUCAUUUGCAAGAGAUCCAGCUGCUUUAGGAAUCACCGAAUACAAUAAGAUUGAAAUACACGCAACAGAAUACGUUAUUGAUGACGAUUAA